CAAAGAAGACAGUUUGAACAACAGAUUUAAAGAAAUUACAGAUUUGGAGACUGAUGUUGUCUUUUCUAUUGACGAUGAUGUCAUAUUUCCUUGCUCUUCAGUGGAAUUUGCAUUUGAUGUUUGGCAAAGUGCGCCAGAUGCAAUGGUGGGGUUUGUACCUCGUGUACAUUGGGUGGAUUCAUUGAAUGGUGAAGACAACAAGUUUAGAUAUGGUGGAUGGUGGUCUGUGUGGUGGACGGGUACAUAUAGCAUGGUGCUCUCCAAGGCAGCAUUCUUUCACAAAAAGUAUUUCAGUCUCUACACAAAUGAGAUGCCAUCGUCGAUUAGAGAAUAUGUAACUAAGAACAGGAAUUGUGAAGAUAUUGCAAUGUCUUUUCUUGUCGCAAAUGCAACUGGUGCACCCCCUUUAUGGGUUAAAGGCAAAAUAUAUGAGAUUGGAUCUACAGGAAUUAGUAGUUUGGGAGGUCAUAGUAUACGAAGAUCAAAGUGUGUCAACAUAUUUACCGCCGAGUUUGGGCGGAUGCCCUUGGUAUAUACUUCAGUGAAGGCAGUUGAUAGUCGCAAUGUCUGGUUUUGGUGAUUAGUAGAUUGUUAUUUUCUUUACAUUUUUAGAAAAAUUCCACUAUUGUCAAUUAGUGUUCAGUAGCUAGUUGAGUUACCGCAUUCAUGUUAGUCAUUCAUGUUAAUCAAUAGAGCUGUAUGAUAUUGAAUCUUUUUAUACACAUAGUGAUUUGAUCUCUAGUGAGAUCAUUUAGAAAAUAUAAUUGCACAAUGAUGUGUUUAUUCACCCACUCAAAUUUUAGACAGCUUUAUAGCAGAUCAACCAUAAAUCGAUGGAGAAUAUGAAGAAUAUCAUAUUUGUUUACAGCGUCAGUUGCAGGAACCUGUCCACCGUACGAUCUCGAGGUUCCACCGUAAAUUAAAUUGGUUCAAUAUUUCUUUGUUGGUGUAAAGGUAUUGUUCCAUCUACUUGGAGAUCCUAUAACUCACGACGAUACCUCUACCUGUAUGAACAUUAUUGGAUGUCACACGAUUCUGUUAGAAAUAUGAUGCUCAUAGUGCCGGCGUCGUCCUCCUGUUGGCGGCGAUUUUGUUCAAUGGAGAUGUUCAUCAAGCAGCAUACCGUAUCCUGUCAGAUUUUAGAAAAGGUAGGUUUGGUUGGACUACACUGGAGAGGCCUCCUAGGUGAUGUCAAAUGUUUGCUUUUAGAAGGAACACUCUGAAGCUAGAAUUGAAAAUUAUGCUGGAGAUUUCCAGGACCAGACCGAAGAACUCAUCG